AUGAGGCACCAAACUUUGUCCUCUUUGACGGAAGGAAGGGAAGCCCGAAGGAGCAUGUCAACCGUUUCAUUGAUGCUUUGGGAUCACAUGCUGGUGAUUAUAAUCUCCAACUUUGAGAGUUUUCCAAAAGCCUUACCGAUCGGGCUUAUACGUGGUAUACAACAUUGGCACCAUGCUCUGUUUGCUCCUGGGAAGAUUUUGGCAAGAAAGUUCUGUAAGAAAUACUUCCAGCAUGAGGAAAGAGUCACUACGACUCAACUCAACAACACCCGCCAAAAGCAUGGGGAAGACCCCGUGAACUUCGUGUGCUGA